CUGUAUUUUGUAAGACGCUAACGCAGAACCCGCAGAGGCAAAGAAGAAAAUAUCCGGAAGCUCCCUUUUUGUGAACACGCGGUACGUCCGGCCUUUCUGGCAGCGUAGCGAGAGGCAACAUGGCUAAGAUCAAGGCAAGAGAUUUGCGUGGUAAGAAGAAGGAGGAGCUGCUCAAGCAGCUGGAUGACCUGAAAAAUGAACUGUCACAACUCCGUGUGGCCAAAGUAACAGGCGGAGCGGCGUCGAAGUUGUCGAAGAUCCGCGUUGUCCGCAAAUCUAUCGCCAGAGUUUUGACGGUCAUCAACCAGACUCAAAAGGAGAAUCUGAGGAAAUUCUACAAGGGCAAGAAGUACAAGCCCUUGGAUCUGAGGCCCAAGAAGACCAGAGCUCUGCGUCGCCGCCUCAACAAACACGAAGAGAGUCUGCGUACAAAGAAACAGCAGAGGAAAGAUCUUCUUUACUCAAUCCGCAAAUUUGCUGUCAAAGCUUGAAACAUUUUCUAUCAACUAAAUAAAACAUGUUAAAGAUGG